UGUCAGUUCUUGACCGAUGGUUGUGAGGUAUAUACAAAAGGGUUCUAUUUAUUUAUGUCAUAACAAGAGUGCAAAAAUUUAUUUUUCAUGAAAUUUAAAAUGUAACACAUAAUUAUGAACGUGAUUUUUAUGUUUGGUUGAUUUAUAUAAAAGUGUAACUUCAUAAUUCGUAAAAGGAUACACCACAUUUAAUUUCGAACAUGACAUCCGGGGGGCUGCGAAAUGAUACAUACAGUGAUGACAAUUUCUCGGAUGACGAAAGUUCCCCUCUUACCGAAAAUAUUUAUGGAGGAAGCACCAGAACUGUUCAAGAAACCAAAGGAUGGGACGUGUUCAGAGACCCCCCGAUCAAAGAAGAAUCGGGUUCGAUGGCGAACCAAAAAUGCCUCGAAAUCACCGUAAAAAUACUCAAAAUCGUAGCUUACCUUGUAACUUUCGUAAUAGUCCUCGGCUCAGGAGUCAUAUCAAAAGGAACUCUUCUCUUUAUGACAUCCCAACUGAAACCAGACAAAGUAACAGUUUACUGUAAUAGAGACUUGGGACGAGAAAAACAAUUUAUAGUAAAACUACCAUCGGCGGAAAGAGUAACAUGGAUGUGGUGCUUAAUUUUCGCCUUCUGGGUCCCCCAGCUUGGCUCCCUUUUCCGGUCCUCCCGAAUGUGUUUCUUCAAAUCGUCAAAAAAACCGUCUUUUUCACACUUCUUAAUCGUUUUCUUCAUGGAAACGCUUCACACCAUCGGAAUCGCCCUUUUGAUAUUUUACAUUUUACCAGACUUGGAUGUGGUCAAAGGGGCCAUGUUGACGAAUUGCAUUUGUUUCAUUCCGGGAGUUUUAGGUUUGCUGUCUCGGAGCAAUAAAGAAUCUCAGAGAUUUCUCAAAGUUAUAAUCGAUUUGUUUGCAAUUGCCGCUCAAGCCACGGGAUUCGUCGUUUGGCCCAUCAUUGAACAAAGGGCCGAUCUUUGGAUAAUCCCAAUUGCCAUCUUCCUGGUAUCACUCGGUUGGUGGGAGAAUUACAUAUCCAGACACUCCCCAAUCCCAUUUAUUAAAAAGUUGGGGAAAAUCAAAGAGAAUCUGGAGCAAUGUCGGUAUUUUAUAUACAUGUUUGUCUCAGUUUGGAAAUGCUUGUUGUUCUUUGUUUCCGUCUUGUUCAUUAUUUUAGUCAAAGAAGGAGAAGUUGCAUUCUUUUUCACCGACUUUUCGGAAGGUUUCAGUGCUCACCAAAUCCAAGUCUUGGAGAUCAAACCAGUGUUAGGAGGGACUUCCCUCCCUGACAUUUCCGAAAUAAUCCCAACCGGGGACGACACUACAAUCACCUCCAAUGACAUGACUGCCAUUUAUGUGCUACUCCUCAACGUUUCCUCCUCAUAUUUCGCCUACAUCUUCGGGAAAUUCGCUUGCAAAAUCAUGAUUCAGGGCUUUUCGUACGCUUUCCCCGUCAAUUUGACAAUCCCCGUUUCAAUUUCGCUGUUAAUCGCGGCUUGUGGACUCCGAAACGGUGAUCCCUGUUUCUUCCACGAUACAAUCCCUUCUUAUCUAUUCUUCGAGAGUCCUCCAGUCGUCUUCUUGAACGAUUUUAUCUCUCAUCAACACGCGUGGAUUUGGCUUUUGUGGCUUUUGUCCCAAACGUGGAUCACUCUCCACAUUUGGACCCCCAAGUGCGAGCGUUUGGCCAGGACUGAGAAGCUGUUUGUGACUCCGAUGUACGAGGGGCUGCUUAUUGAUCAGAGUCUGGGGAUGAAUCGAAGACGUGACGAUGAGGCUGAUGUCAAGACUGAGGAUUUGGAUGARAUCCAGAAGGAGAAAGGGGAUGAGUAUUACGAGACCAUUUCGAAUCACACGGACGCUUCCUCCGCCAAAGCGGUCAAAAAUUCGGAUCAUAUCACACGRAUAUAUGCCUGUGCUACCAUGUGGCAUGAGAAUAAAGAAGAAAUGAUAGAGUUUUUGAAGUCGAUUUUACGCUUGGAUGAAGAUCAGUCGGCGAGGAGAGUGGCUCAGAAGUAUCUCAGGGUGGUCGAUCCUGAUUAUUACGAAUUCGAAACUCAUAUAUUCUUCGACGACGCCUUCGAAAUCUCCGACCACAACGACGACGAAACCCAGGUCAACCGUUUCGUCAAACUUUUAGUCGCAACCAUCGACGAGGCCGCUUCUGACGUGCACCAAACCCACAUGCGCAUCCGCCCCCCUAAAAAAAUCCCAACCCCUUAUGGGGGCCGCUUGGUGUGGACCCUCCCCGGAAAAACAAAAAUGAUCGCCCAUUUGAAGGACAAAAUGAAGAUAAGACACCGAAAGCGCUGGUCGCAAGUGAUGUACAUGUACUACCUCUUGGGUCACCGACUCAUGGAACUUCCUAUUUCCGUCGACAGGAAAGCCGUGAUCGCCGAAAAYACGUAUCUUCUAACUCUAGAUGGCGACAUCGACUUUCAACCAUCAGCUGUGUUACUCUUAAUCGACUUGAUGAAGAAAAACCGGAAUCUGGGGGCGGCUUGCGGACGAAUCCAUCCUGUGGGUUCCGGCCCCAUGGUGUGGUACCAAAUGUUCGAAUACGCUAUCGGGCAUUGGCUGCAAAAAGCCACCGAGCACGUCAUCGGAUGUGUGCUUUGCAGUCCUGGAUGUUUCUCGUUGUUUAGAGGAAAAGCACUAAUGGACGAUAAUGUCAUGAAGAAAUACACCACUUCAUCGUCAGAAGCCAGACAUUAUGUGCAAUAUGAUCAGGGAGAGGACCGUUGGUUGUGCACGUUGUUGCUUCAAAGGGGCUAUCGAGUCGAAUAUUCGGCCGCGUCUGACGCUUACACCCAUGCUCCUGAAGGCUUCAACGAGUUUUACAACCAGCGGCGAAGAUGGGUUCCUUCGACUAUUGCCAAUAUUAUGGAUUUGCUAAUGGACUCGAAACGAACAAUCGAAAUUAAUGACAACAUUUCUAUGCCUUACAUAGGAUACCAAAUUCUUUUAAUGGGCGGUACCAUCCUGGGCCCUGGUACCAUCUUCCUCAUGUUGGUGGGUGCCUUCGUGGCCGCUUUCCAAAUCGAUAACUGGACGAGUUUCUACUACAACAUCAUUCCGAUCCUCUUCUUCAUGUUAGUGUGCUUCACUUGCAAAUCCAACAUUCAACUAAUCGUCGCCCAAAUAUUAUCCACCGGUUACGCGUUGAUAAUGAUGGCGGUGAUAGUCGGUACUGCCCUUCAGUUACGCGAGGACGGAGUCGGUUCCCCCUCCGCUAUAUUCUUAAUAGCCAUGACGGGGUCAUUUUUCAUCGCGGCUUGUCUCCACCCUCAGGAAUUUUGGUGCAUUGUCCCUGGAAUCAUUUAUCUGCUUUCCAUUCCAUCUAUGUAUUUGCUACUGAUUUUGUACUCCAUCAUCAAUCUUAAUGUCGUAUCUUGGGGUACUCGAGAAGUCGCCGUGAAAAAAACAAAGAAAGAACUCGAGGAAGAGAAGAAACAAGCUGAAGAAGCGAAACGAAAAGCGAAGCAAAAAUCACUCCUUGGUUUCCUGCAAAGUGGUGGUACUAGCGAUGAUGAUGAAGGAAGUAUUGAGAUUUCCUUAGCCGGACUGUUCAAAUGUAUGUUGUGCACUCAUCAGAAAGCCGGUGAUGAGAAAGCGUCUCUCAUCAACAUUGCUGAUUCGUUAGAAAUGCUCAAUAAGCGACUCGACCACAUUGAAAAGACUAUUGACCCCUCUGGUCACAUUUCGAGAAGAAGAAGUAUGUCAGCGUCAUCAAGAGGUGAUCAUCACCAUCUUGGAGCUGUCACUGAAGAAGGGGGUGACGAAUCAGCCAAUGAAACUGAUUCUGAAACAGUGUCUACAGUCCCCCAGAACAAGAGAGAUGAUCUGGUGAACCCCUACUGGAUUGAAGAUCCCGAUGUCAGAAAAGGAGAAGUAGAGUUUCUGAGCAGCGCCGAAAUAUUAUUCUGGAAGGAUCUCCUGGAUAAGUACUUAUAUCCCAUUGAUGAAAACAAAGAAGAAAAGGCCCGGAUAGCAAAGGAGUUGAUUGAACUCCGAAAUAAAUCGGUUUUUGCGUUCUUCAUGUUCAAUGCUCUCUUUGUCUUAGUCGUCUUCCUGUUGCAACUUAAUAAGGAUCAGAUCCACGUUAAGUGGCCACUCGGUGUACGAACUAACAUAACGUAUAUUGAGGAAACGUCCGAGGUCCACAUCUCCAAAGAAUACCUCCAACUGGAACCAAUCGGUUUGGUCUUUGUCUUCUUUUUCGCCCUCAUUUUGGUAAUCCAAUUCGUCGCCAUGUUAUUCCACCGAUUCGGAACAAUCGCCCACAUUUUGGCCUCCACGGAACUCAAUUUGUGUUGUACGAAGAAAAAGGAGGAAUUGUCUCCCAACGCUCUCCUUGACAAACAAGCCGUGGAAAUCGUCAAACAACUGCAAAAACUGCAAGGCAUCGACGAUGGCGACUACGAGAACGACUCAGGAUCGGGUCCCGACCGAAUCGGUCGUCGCAAAACCAUCCACAAUCUCGAAAGGGCCGCUCAGAAGAAACGACAAAUCGGGACUCUAGACGUGGCUUUCAAGAAACGCUUCGCUAAACUUAAUGCCAAUGGAACAAACGCCGGAACUCCGGUUCUGAGUCGAAGACUGACGAUGAGAAGAGAGACGAUGAAAGCGCUCGAAGUCAGGGUCAAUUCGGUGAUGGCCGAACGACGCAAAUCGCACAUGCAAACUCUAGGUGCCAAAAAUGAGUACGGGAAUAAUAAUGUCGUGACUAGGAAUCAUAGAAACAGUGUCGCUAGUAGCAUUCCGGUGAAAGAAGUCUUCGAAAAUGGACACGUCAAUAAAGCGUUCGAAGAGGAUACUUACAACCGUAGGAAUUCGCUACAAAUGCAACCAAGAAACAACGUUACCUGGAAAAGCAGCAAUAGCAGAAUGUGAAUAAAGAAGCACUGCCAAAUGACUUCGGAAUACUCGUAUUUUCAAAUACUGCCCUUUUCAAUAAUAAUAAGCUCAAUUUUUUAAGUAAAGACAGGUUUUUACCCUAAUUCGCUAUUAUUACUUUUAUUUAUUGUGAGGUAUUGUGAUAUUUAAGACAAUAAAGUAUUUUAUAAAAAAAUCAAUUCAGUCUAAAUUCAACUC